AUGCAGGUAACGCAUUUCGGACGCCUCAUUCACCUUCUGCACAGCUUCACAAUUCGACAAGUCAAACACAGCUGUGUCGUUCGCGGCAUCGAUAGCGAAACCAAUGACGUGCAGGCAUACAUCGGGAAACACACAAUCACUAGCUCGGCAUCCUCCUCACCGCAGUCUGGUCGAUCCUCCGAAAGUGGACUGGCCAUCUACGCAGACUGCAGCAAUGCCAUAGUCGUUGCGACCGCCUUUGCCGCCCUCUCCAACGCCGAGCUCCAUCACACCGUUCCAACAGACUCGCGUGGCAGCUUGACAGAUUGCAGGAUCCAUGCGGGUGUAGCAGAAGCGAGUAGCGGCGGUUCAGACUACGACGAUGGCUCUCACGUAUUAGCAAGCGAUCAAGGUGGCUUCAGAUCAAGAAGACUACCACGAAGUCGUGUUUCUGAUUACAACGGGCAGCGCAAGGGCAAUGCGGGACCAACGGCGCGCUAUCCUAUCCUAUCCUCCAAAGAGGCACAGUCAGCAACGCAUCCAGCACAGCAGACCGCCGUAAUGGUCCUUCCACCCUACGAGAAUGUUGAACAGCCAGAGAGCAAUUGCGGCUGCGCAACGUGGCAGCAGAGGUGGGCGAGUUCUGCGACAUUCGGUCUGGGCUGGCCGUACGGGUUCUAA